CAACUUUUUUCUUUUCCUUGUCGUCUGAUUCCCCACCUCUGUCCACAAUGCGGUCAAUCAGGUCGCCAGUGUUUCAGGGCCUUCUGAAAGCCAGAUGCCCGCUACGACACCAGCAGCGACGAUGGGCGCAGGUUCACGACGUGCGCUUCCUCGCUACGCAUCAUGACCGGAGUCAUAUCAUAGAGAAGUAUAAGGCUAAGCUGGAUAAGAAGGCGAAGGAAGAGGGUCACGAGUCCAUCGAGUCGUUGCAAGCGGCAUACAAGGAGAAGAUCGAGAAGCUCCGACGAGAGGCAGCGACGGUCGCGACACCCGAGCCUGCACCCUCAUCAACUACCGCUCCAGAUUCGAAAUCACCUUUUCCAGCUCCCCCACCUCCCCCUCAAGCUUCUCCGGCAGUGAAAGCUGCGGCGGAAGCCACCAAACCUACCUCGCAGACGCCGGGCAUCCGACCCCUCAGCUCCUACCUAGACAUUGAAAAGAUCCUCACGCUUCCGAACAAGGAGAUCGAAGCGCUCUGGAGACUGCGCAAUGCCAAUAACCCGAACUCGAUCUGCGCCUGUAUUCCGCUGGAAACGUAUAGACGUAUCGCCGAGGCCGCUCGCCAACACCCGCAGUUCAUCCUCCCGCUUCCCCGACAGCAGACGCAACAGGUACCUGGUGAAGAUGGCAAGCCUGUCGAGACGGCCGUUGGCGGUGCCGAUAUCCAUUUCCUCCAAUGGGGAUUCCACCCGCCUGCCUCUCCGCCUCCAUCGAAUGCUCCAUCGCAGACCGCCAACACCCACGCGUCCACUAUCGUUUUCACACACCUCGCCGCGUACAAGCUGCAUGGAUCUUUCGCGGAACCCCACACCACUAUCACGCAUCACCUUGACCUCGCGGACGAGAAGGGCCUCGUGCUGAUGCAUGGUCAGGUCCUUCCUGACAAGGGCGUCUCCCCGGCCGAGGCCAGCUGGCUGGUGAGCUGUGUGCAGCGCUUCUAUGACUUCGGUGGUGAAGCGAGCGGAAGAAAGGGAGAGCUAUUGAAAAUGUUCACGAGUGGAGAUGUGGAACACUUCAAGGUCGAGGAGUUGAUGGAGGAGGCGGAAAAGAUUUCGUGAUGCCACGGAGACUUUUUGUGCCAUUAUUGAUUCAACGUCCUAUCCGCUCUUCAGGAAGUAUACUGUUGUCCGGUGGAUGUCUCUACUGAAUGUCGGAAUAGACUUUUUCUUUUUAUGAUCGGACUGUCCCCUCUGUUAUUUAAAAUCUUAAGGACCAUAUUUUAUGUUAACAUGUAAAUUAGACAUAUAUGUACUAACGGCACAUCGGGAU